AUGUCAUUGAAAUACUUAGACACCGCCAGAAAGAUCCUUUGUAUUGGCCGUAAUUACGCUGCUCACAUCAAGGAAUUGAACAAUGCAACACCACAGCAACCGUUUUUCUUUUUAAAACCAUCUUCCUCCGUCUUAAAGCCCGACGCUGGCCCAUUUUUGGUUCCCAAGGGGGUUAUUGUCCAUCAUGAGGUGGAAUUGGCCUUCACAUUGAACAAGGACUUGAAGAAUUUGCCAUCCACUUUUUCGCCCCAAGAAGCUAUUGACAGCAUUGAAGGGUAUGCCUUGACGAUUGACAUGACAGCAAGAAAUGUUCAGGACGAGGCCAAAAAGAAAGGAUUGCCUUGGUCAAUUGGUAAAGGGUUCGAUACAUUCUUGCCCGUGUCCAAAUUCAUUGCCAAGGACAAAAUCCCUGACCCGUAUAAUGUUGAAUUGGUGUUGAAAAUUAACGGUGAGGUCAAACAACAAGACAAAACCGACUUGAUGUUAUUCCCUAUCCACAAGAUUUUAAGCCACAUGUCAGCUAUUAUGACAUUGGAAAAGGGGGACUUAAUCUUAACUGGAACCCCAAAAGGUGUUGGUCAAGUUAAACCGGGCGAUAAAAUCGAAGCUCAAUUGUUGGUUGAUGGCAAAGUCAUUGAAGAAAUUAAAUUUGGCGCUGAAGAAAAACCAGGUCCUUACGAAUAUAAACAAAUAUAG